GUGGGGGCAUACCUUAGUCUCCCUCGAGCCGGACUUGCCGCAUCAAGUUACCUGGGUGCGUUGGGUUGGGAAUUUGCUCCAUUUCUUGCUUGCAGUCUUACAGGUUGUCAAGGUUGACUACCUGACCCAAAAGUCAACAGCAAAUCACCUUGAUUUAUCGAUUGGAUAAAGGUCAGCAGGAGUUUAUAACAACCGCCGACUCCAGCCUACACAUAGCCUUAACAGCUUUCGGUCCCAUUCACAGGCCACACCUCCACACGUGACCUGACCCUCGCUACCCAGCCGCCAUUCAACAUUGAACUCGGGCUAUAUCGACACUACGACGCAGAUAUCAAGCCUUUGAAGCCAUGGCCCAGCCCAAGAGAAUGCUCAUCAAAGAGCUCCACACACCCGACUCAUCCGACCUCGAUCUUGUCCUCAUUCACGGCCUCAACGGUGAUCCAAUCGAGACAUGGCGACAUCAGGACACCAAACAGGUCUGGCCCCAGGCGCUGUUGCCUGACGCUCGACCCAAGACCAGAGUGCUGUCUUAUGGCUACAAUGGUGAUAUCUACCUCAACAACUCUGCCGCCAAUAUUCGAGACAUGGCCAGAUCAGUUCUUUCCAACCUUGAUGCCGGCCGGAGAUCUGACCCUCAUCGUCCCAUCAUCUUUGUCGCCCACUGUCUGGGAGGUUUGAUCAUCAAACAAGCAUUGUGCUUUGCCCGCGCUGAGCGCCGGUUUCACAACAUUGGCGAUGCUACAAAGGCUGUGUUUUUCUUUGGCACCCCUCACUCCGGAGCAAAGAAACAAGACUGGAAGCGCAUCGCUGAAAGUUAUUCCGUCCUUUCUCCCCGCAGGGGCUCUGUGGCACCCAUUGUCAAUGCCAUUACCACCUCUGCUCCCAGACUAGGCAAACUUUGCGACGACUUUGUUGAGCUUACAGAUCGCUAUCUCAUUGUGACAUGGUAUGAAACUGUGUUUUGGCCUGGGACAAAGAAGUGUAUCGUCGACCAAACCAGCGCUAGAAUGAUGGCAGGUGGCAACGAAGAGGCUAUGCCAGUGGAGGCUGAUCAUGUCAAUAUGUGCCGCUUUUCAGGGGGAGAUGAUCCAACGCUGCAGGAGCUGCUAAUGUUUGUUCAGAGAGCCCUUGGGAAAGAGGAGAGAAUGGUGCCUUUAGGACAAAUACCGAGUGGCGAGGUAUCCGGCACUCAGGGACGCACCGCCAGGACUACGAUUCGGCAGCCCUACACCAUUUUCACGGAAACAGUGAGGGAGAGACACAUCAUGAUUGGCGCUGACCUCACUGGCCAGGUGCACAGCCAGCAGAGGAGUGUGACUGUGGAGAGUGGUGCUUCUGAGGCAAUGACGCUUGGCCCUGUUGAGGAGGUCGAGGAUGAUGACUCUAAUAGAGCCAAUCAUGCUCAAUCUCCAAGUCAAAUCGAGGCUCCUCCCGUCUCAGAGGCAGAGGAAAUGCCUUGGGGAGCAAAACUUGAUGCUUCUGACUCCGGCCGGGACUUGCGGAGGCCGAACUUCCUGAAGCGUUUUGCCGGCCGUCUGCGUUCGAAGCAGACCUUGAUCAGAUAGACCAUUUUGCUAUCUUUUAGACAUAUAAAAACGGUGGCUUUGUGUCAGCAGCGAUGUUCA